AUCACCUCCAAAUCCCCACCAUUUCUCAAAUCAAAACCCUAACCCUAGAUCUACAAUUCUCUCUUCCGAACUCUCUGAAAAUGUCUGGUCGCGGCAAGGGAGGCAAGGGAUUGGGCAAAGGAGGCGCAAAGAGGCACAGGAAGGUCCUGAGGGAUAACAUUCAGGGCAUCACAAAGCCUGCGAUUCGGAGGCUUGCGAGGAGAGGUGGCGUGAAGAGGAUUUCAGGUCUCAUCUAUGAGGAGACCCGUGGAGUUCUGAAGAUUUUCCUCGAAAAUGUGAUUCGCGAUGCUGUGACCUACACGGAGCAUGCUAGGAGGAAAACGGUGACCGCCAUGGAUGUGGUCUAUGCCCUCAAGAGGCAGGGUAGGACUCUCUAUGGCUUCGGCGGUUAGAUUGUUUCUUAGGCGUGUAGAUUAGUAGUCUCUUUUAUCUCUAUUGAUAACUUUCUCUGUUGCCAAUCAAGCUUUUUCUAGCAUUGUUCUGAUGGUGUUUCCAAGUUUUUUGUAAUUCUUAGUUCAAUAUCAGAAGUAAUAGAGCUUAUGUUUCGUUGCUAAGCA